UGAGCAGCUUCUCGUAACUCCUUUUUAUCCAUAAUAUAACUCUCGAGCUUUCUUCAUUUCUAUCAAAGAUUAAAGCUUUUUACUCAAUUAGGUCACCAUAUAAUAUAAUAAUGGCUUCAAUUCAAACUUCAAUGGGUUUUUCCCGUCUGCGAUCCUACCAUGCUCUAUAUUUUCUCAAUCCAACUACAGCAAACUACAAAUCAGAUUUAUCAUCGCUAAGUUUGGCUAGAAAGUUGCCCUUCAGCUUCAAAAGUGGCGGCAAAAUACUAAGGGCUACAUUAAUAUCAGGAGAAGACAAUGUUUGGUCUUGUUAUAGCAACCGAGGUGCAGAAAAUGGUUCUUUUGUUAAUCAUGGAGCUGGAAUUCAACAACAACCUGAUACAAUAGCUGUCGGAACACCAACCGCCGAAAUAACUCCAAACAGAAGUGGGUUUCUCUCUGGUGAUGAUGAAUUUGACCUCGAUCAUACUGCUGAAGGAUUCUCUUCUAUUCCCGAGGCUAUUGAAGACAUUCGUCAAGGCAAGAUGGUGAUUGUUGUAGAUGAUGAAGACAGAGAAAAUGAGGGUGAUCUAAUAAUGGCGGCAGAAUUAGCGACACCUGAAGCAAUGGCCUUCAUUGUAAAACAUGGAACUGGAAUUGUGUGUGCAAGUAUGAAAGGUGAAGAUCUAGACAGGCUUCAACUUCCACUGAUGGUGCCACCGAAAGAAAAUGAGGAGAAACUCUCUACUGCUUUCACUGUUUCUGUGGAUGCAAAAUAUGGUACCACUACAGGUGUAUCCGCUCGUGAUAGGGCAAAAACAGUAUUGGCUCUGGCAUCCAAAGAUUCAAGACCUGAGGAUUUCAACCGGCCUGGCCAUAUUUUCCCACUCAAGUAUAGAGAAGGAGGGGUGCUUAAAAGAGCUGGCCAUACUGAAGCUUCUGUUGAUCUUGCUGUUUUGGCUGGGUUGGACCCCGUUGCUGUUCUUUGUGAAAUAGUGGAUGACGAUGGUUCCAUGGCCAGGUUGCCGAGGCUUCGGCAAUUUGCUGAGGUUGAGAACCUAAAAAUUAUAUCCAUUGCCGAUUUGAUCAGAUAUAGAAGGAAGAGAGAGAAACUGGUGGAGCUAGCUGCUGCGGCACCAAUACCAACAAUGUGGGGACCUUUUAAAGCCUACUGUUUUAAGUCUGUCUUGGAUGGUAUUGAGCAUAUCGCCAUGGUCAAAGGUGAUAUCGGGGAUGGUAAAGAUGUUCUUGUCAGAGUGCACUCAGAAUGUCUCACCGGCGACAUAUUUGGGUCAGCGAGAUGCGACUGUGGUAAGCAGUUGGCACUUGCAAUGAAGCAAAUUGAGCAAGCUGGAAGAGGCGUGUUGGUAUAUCUCCGUGGACAUGAAGGACGGGGAAUAGGUUUGGGGCAUAAACUUCGUGCUUACAAUCUUCAAGAUGAUGGGCACGACACGGUUGAAGCUAAUGAAGAGUUGGGAUUACCUGUUGAUUCUCGGGAGUAUGGCAUUGGUGCACAGAUACUUCGAGAUUUGGGUGUUCGUACAAUGAAACUGAUGACAAACAACCCUGCGAAGUAUGUUGGGCUCAAAGGAUAUGGUCUGGCAAUUGCAGGUAGAGUUCCGUUGUUGGCGCCUAUAACUACAGAAAAUAGAAAAUACUUAGAGACCAAACGUGUGAAAUUGGGGCACGUAUAUGGUUCCGAUGGCAAUGGCCACAUCAAUGGUUCAGAAGUUGGUAGAGCGAGCAGCGAUGAAUUAUCUGACAAUGCUGCCUAAGAAUCAUCUGAACAUCCUCAGCAAAGGCAUAUAUUGGAACUGAAGAAGGUUGAUCUUUAGCUGAUCUGAUUUGGGAUUCAAUUCUUUGACUUACAUUUCUGGUAGCUGUUUCCAACAUUUUUCGUUUAGCCCUGUUAGUUAAUGUACUACUUUUCUUUUUCUCUUGUAAAAGAUUUGAAAGAAAAGGUGAUUACAAAAGCUUUUAAGUAACUUUUGUGUAAGAUAAAGUUGAUUAUUA